AUGUCUACCACGGUGCCUGACCAGGCACCGCCAGAAAAUAGCCACGACGAAAAGCAGUCGCCAGAGUUCCACAACGAGAGCAUGACGUCCGAUGAAGUCAAGCAAGUCGACGAGACCGCAACGCCAGACGCCGGCGAUGUGAAUGCUGGUCCACAGUACCCUACUGGAUUGAAGCUAUUCUUCAUUUUUAUUGGGUUGGAGCUGGCCGUGCUCUGCGUCGCCCUCGACAACACCAUUAUUGCAACAGCAAUCCCCCGUAUUACCGAUGACUUCCACGCUCUUUCCGACAUUGGCUGGUAUGGAUCCGCGUAUCUGAUGACACUUUCCGCCUUCCAACUCUUCUUUGGCCGCCUUUACGUGGUCUUCAAUAUUAAAUGGAUUUUCAUGCUUAGCCUUUUCCUCUUUGAGCUCGGCUCGCUCAUCUGUGGUGUUGCUCCAAACUCCAUUGCUCUUAUCGUCGGUCGUGCCAUUGCCGGUUUGGGCUCAGCGGGUCUGUUUUCAGGUUCAUUGAUCAUCCUCGCUUUCAGUACUCCGGUCCAUAAGCGGCCCCUAUUCACGAGUUUGAUUACCUCUGUCUACGGUAUUGCAAGCGUUGUAGGUCCGCUGCUUGGCGGCGUCUUUACAGAUCACGUUACCUGGCGCUGGUGCUUCUAUAUCAAUCUACCAAUCGGUGGCGUGACCGCUGUUGCUAUCUUCUUCUUCUACAAGGCACCACCUCCCAUGCCGCAGCCGAAGAGGACAUGGCUAGAGAGCAUUGCCCGUUUCGAUCCUAUCGGUACCCUGCUUUUCACGCCCAGUAUUAUUUGUCUGCUCAUCGCUCUGCAAUGGGGUGGUACAACCUAUCCAUGGAGUAACGGCCGAAUCAUCGCUCUAUUCGUUGUAUUUGGUGUUCUGCUCCUUGCCUUUAUUGGCGUACAGCUUUGGGCUGGCGAUAAUGCGACUAUCCCGCUUCGUAUCGCUAGACAGCGAAGCAUUGCUUGUGGAGCACUUUACGCCUUGUGUGUCGGUGCUUCGUUCUUUGUCAUGGUCUACUACAUCCCUCUAUGGUUCCAAGCUAUCCAUGGCACUUCGGCCACACACUCGGGCAUUGACACAUUGCCGAUGAUGAUCGCUGUGGUUAUUGCAAGUCUCACGGCAGGUUUUAUCGUCUCCACCUGGGGUUACUAUAACCCCUUCAUGUAUGGCCUGGUGGUGGUUGGCUCUAUCGGCGCCGGUUUGUUGACUACCUGGACAGUAGACACCGGGACAGGCAAGUGGAUCGGAUAUCAGAUUCUGUUCGGUGCCGGAAUCGGUAUGGGUAUGCAACAAUCUAUCAUAGUAGCACAGGCCGUCCUACCCAUGGCCGACGUGCCGAUCGGUACCUGCAUAAUGCAAUUCUUCCAAAUGUUUGGUGGCUCGCUCUUUGUCAGUGUGGCGCAGAACCAGUUCACCAACCAUCUCGUUUCGGGAUUAACAGGCAUUGCUGGCAUUGACCCUCAGCAGAUCGUCAAUGCAGGCGCCACUGAGAUCACGACCCUGAUUCAUGAUCCAAAUAUUAUCCAUCAAGUCCAAGUUGCGUAUAACAGUGCGUUGACAAGGGCUUUCCUGAUUGCGCUGAUUAUGACCUGUUUGGCAACCUUGGGUGCAGUUGGCGUCAAGUGGCAGAGCGUAAAAGGGCCAGCUCCCAAGCCUGAGACUGAGACUGAAACGGAGGCAGCUUAG